AAGCAUAACCAUAAUGGUGAAAUGCAGGUGUAUUUACACAUCAUCAUCUCAAUAGAUAAUGCAUAGCUAUGUUUUUCUAAUUGUCUAAACACUGAAUGGCAUGACAAUGAUCAAACACAAUACAUUUUAGUCUUUUGAAUUUAUGAAUACUUUAGAGUCAUACUUUUACUAGUCAAUGUUAAAGUAAACAGAAUUUCUGAGUAUAAAAUGGAGUACUUGAUCAACAGUUUUUACAUUCCUGAUCAAGAUGCAAAUUGGGAAAGAUUUUGCUGCUCUUCUGAGCUUGACCAUUUUUCUUGCUACACUUGGAACAGUAGUGGGCAAAUUCCCAUACCCAUGGUCAUUUGAUGAUACGUAUGGCCAUGGAAUAUGCCAAGGUAGUGGAGAUGUUCAUCAUACAACUUUUGACGACUGGCGUUCUAUUGAUUUCCAAGGACCAUGUUUGUACACCCUCACUAGACUAUGCUGUGGAUCAUGUAAUAAAAAAGAAGAUAAAUUUUGCCCACUGACUGAUUUUCAUGUUAAGAUUAAACAAAGACCUGUGGGAACUCCUGCAUAUCCCCUGGCUUAUGUGGACUAUAUAGUUGUGGAAAUUUGUGGAUAUUCAGUCAUCCUGGAUGAAGGAAAAUGGGCAGUUGUUGAAACUACACAUGCAAACUAUUUAUCUAACCCAUUUACUACCUACUCAAGUAGUGUAUUGAGUCUACCCAGAGUUUGGAACUGUGAAGGAGGUACUCAAUUUAAGCUUUCAAAAUGGGGUACAAAUGGUAUUCAGUUUGAAACUAAAUUUAUGAUUAUUUACAACAUGCCAGCCUUCGUAAAGGUCAAAUUGUCCAAGAAAUAUAAAUCCAAAGUUUGUGGAAUUUGUGGAAACUUCAAUGGUAUUGCAAAGGAUGAUUUAGUGACACGUGAUGGUAUAGAUGUAAGCGGCUACCCUGAUGGUUUUAUUUGGAGUGUUGCAGAUACCCAUAUUGGUAACAGUUGGAAAGUCUAUAACCCUGGGCAGCCUGAUUGCAAGGAACUGGAUCCUAGUAAGAUUCCCACAACCUGGAAAGGCAAGAGGGAAGUUUCGCCAGAACCAAGUGCUCUAUGUGAAACAUACUUGGCUCAAAAUAAGGCAAUGAUAAAGUACUGUUCUCCUAAAGACAUUGAGUAUGCAUUGCAAGAAUGCAAUGAGGAUGCCAAAGCCUCGAAUCUAGUGAGUCAGGCAGCAAUAAAAGAAGCCAUAUGUGCUGCAAUGGUACAAAUGAUGGCCAACUGCCCUGUUAGUCGGACUAGCGAAGGUGGCAGUUUGGAAGAGCUUUCAAAGAAAUACGGCUGUUACCAGCAAAGUAUUGUGAGAGAAGCUGCGAGAUUGUCUGAUCGGCAAUAGACUAACUUGAUUUUGAUCAUUGUUUGAAAUACUUCAAAAAAAAUAAAGUUAUAAAUUUUGAACAUCA